AGAAAUAAAAAAAAUAAGCUGAAGAUAUGAAGUCCUGUUUGUGUUCAAUGUUAACCCCUCUUGUUUUGGCUGCUCUCUUCUCGUUUUCAUUCGCAGCUUUGCCUCAUCAGGAUUUUCUCCGCUGCCUUUCUCUUCGUUCUGAUGAUUAUUCUUCCAUUUCCAAAGUUGUUUUCACCCCCACGAAUCCUUCCUAUGAAUCUGUUUUGGACGCUUCGAUAUGGAAUCUCAGGUUCAACUCAACGGAUACACCGAAGCCUUUGGUUAUUGUAACACCAACGAAGAUAUCCCAUGUUCAGGCGACGAUUUAUUGCUCCAGAAAACAUGGGCUGCAGACAAGAACCAGAAGCGGCGGCCAUGAUUACGAAGGUCUUUCUUUCGUUGCCAAAGUCCCCUUCGUCAUCGUCGACUUGGUUAAUUUCCGAGCAGUGGAGGUUGAUGUUGAAAACAGAGUUGCAUGGGUUCAAUCCGGUGCAAUUCUUGGCGAACUUUACUACAGAAUCGCUGAAAAAAGUAGAGCUCUCGCCUUCCCAGGUGGCAUUUUCCAUACCAUCGGUGUUGGCGGCCAUAUCAGCGGUGGGGGUUUUGGGUUAUUAUUCAGAAAAUACGGUACUGCCGCUGAUAAUGUGAUAGACGCUCAAUUCAUUGAUGUAGAAGGAAGGAUUCUUGACAGAAAAUCUAUGGGGGAAGAUUUGUUCUGGGCGAUUCGAGGCGGUGGCGGUGGCAGCUUCGGGAUUGUCCUUGCAUGGAAAUUAUGUCUCGUUCCCGUUCCGGCUACCUUGACGGAGUUUACCGUCAGCCGGACCCUUGAACAAAACGCGACCGAACUUGUCCAUCGUUGGCAAUCCAUCGCUCAUGAUCUUCCCGAUGGAAUGUACCCCAAUGUUGCAUUAAGAAGCAUCAAGUCAACUCAAGACGGGACCAAAACAGUUGUAGCUAUAUUUAGUUCGUUGUUUCUGGGCACCAUUGACGAGCUUCUUCCGAUAAUGCACAAUCAAUUUCCGGAGUUAGAAUUAUCGAGACAAAAUUGCAGAGAAAUGAGUUGGAUUGAGUCGAUUCUUUACGAAACUGGAAUCCAAAACCAGCCCUUGGAAAUUCUGCUUAACAGGACUUUCAGGACCCCCCUUGAUAACCCUUUUUACAAAAUCAAAUCCGAUUAUGUAAAGGAACCCAUCUCUGAAGCAGGAUUGAAAGGGUUGUUUUCUCGUCUCACCGAAGAAGCCGCAGCUUCGACCUCCAUCGUCUUCUUCGCCUAUGGUGGGAUCAUGGAUCGAAUACCGGAGGACGCAACCCCUUUUCCUCAUCGAACCGGAAAUUUGUACAAAAUCUUUUACAACGUCGGCUGGCAAGAAGAAAACAAGGUGAAUUCACAAAUAUACCUCGAUUGGGCUCGAAGGACUUACGAUUAUAUGACUCCUUUUGUUUCGAAAUCACCAAGAGAAGCUUAUAUUAACUAUAGGGAUCUGGACAUUGGUUCCAACAACAUAGGUUAUACAAGCUAUGCACAGGCCAGUAUUUGGGGUCAUAAAUAUUUCAAGGAUAAUUUCGACAGAUUAGUGCAUGUGAAGACGACGAUUGAUCCAGACAAUUUCUUCAAACAUGAACAGAGCAUCCCUACUUUGUACUAAA